AUGUCCCCCCUGCAGCAUCCCCGGCCGUCUCCUCCGGCCAGUGCCGGCAUCCGUCUUCUGGGUUCCCUUCCCUGCGAGGGUCGGGACGUAUGGGGGACGGAACCGGCGGGAAAUUCAAACAUUUUAAUAAAAUCACAUAGUAUAACAUUACUGUAUCAAGCCAUUUCACAUACAUUUUGUCCCGAGUGCUUUGUCCUGUGCCCUGCCUGCAUUUUUACCGUUCUUUCUGCCUGGAAACUGAGAGAAGUCCAUGGCGUCCAAAAAAAGCGUCCCUUUAGGUCAAAAGCGGUUUUAGACCAGCUAGAGAACAGCGAUAGUAAAUUAGAAAUACUUGAAGAAUUG